AUGCCUUCAUCCGCUCCUGGUGCUAGCUCCCGCGGCCGCGGCGGCAAGUUUAAGAAGUAUACAAGAGGAGGUGGCAGAAGCUUCUCCCGCGACCUUCAACCGGCCGACGAAGAUGGCAACAAAGUAAGCAUGUGGAGCGAGGACGCCAACAACAACAUCGACGAAGACUCAGAAGAGGACUCGGACGAGGACUCUGAGGAGGACUCUGAUGAGGAGGAGAAGGCAGAAGCGAGCCGUGAGGACCGCAAGGCCCAGAAGAAGGCCCGCAAAGAAGCCGCCAUUGCCAAGACGAAAGCAAAGACCGUCGAGGUCGGCGACUUGCCCUCAAGCGACGAGGAUAGCGACGAUGACGAUAUGCCCGCCAACCCUAACCACUCCAAGGCUUCCCGUAACCAGGCUGGCAAGGCUGGCGGAGUAGACGCCAUUACUGCGGGUGUCGCAAACAUGAAGGCCCCUGGUAACCGCAAAGAGCGAGAGGCUCUGGAGGCACAGGCUGCCAAGGAGAGAUACCUGAAGCUCCAGGGUGAGGGCAAGACCGAUCAGGCCAAGGCUGAUUUGGCCCGUCUUAAGCUCAUCCGCGAGCAGCGCGAGGCCGAGUCUGCUAGACGUCAAGCUGAGAAGGAAGAGAAGGACGCCCAGGAUAAGGCCCGCGCCGCCGAGAUUGAGGCCCGUGAAGCCAAGUUGCGUGCAGCAGCGGCGGCCGCUCCUAAGAAAUCUAAGAAGAAAUAA